AUGUUUCCUUAAUUUUAAGAGCACUAAUAGAACAGAAUUUCUUUAAAGUUAGUUUUUGGAGGUGAUUGUUUUAGACUUUCAAAAUUCCCUCAAAAUUUUUAAGAAUUAGAAGAUAUAGCUAGAAAUAAAUUUGAUAACAAAUUGCCAGAAAAUUUCUGUUUCAAGUAUUAAGAUAGCGAAAAUGACUCUAUUAAUGUUGAGAGUUCAUCAGAUUAUGAGGCUUUUUUGGAAUAUUGCAACUAAGAAAAGCUCAAGGCAAUAAAAUUAAGAAUAGAUUCAAAAUCAUUUAAGCAAUACUUUAACUGGUAAGAGUAGCAAUAGUAAGCUAUGGGAAAUCAGCCAAACUUUGCUAAUCAGGGAUAAUCAUCUUAAACUUACUAAGCAAACAACGUAAUAGGAAUGCUUCUAAAUCCUUUUACUCCUUAUUAUCAGAAUAUGCAAAACAAAAAUUAAAAAACUCAAUUUUAGAUUUCAAGCUAAGAUUAGAACUCAUUUUAUGGAAAUUUUCAAAACAUGAACUCUCCAAAUUCAAAUGAUUUAAAUUAUAACAUAAUUUAGAUGCUUAUGUGCAUGCUGAACACAUAAGGAAAUCAAGCUUAAAAAAGUUCGAGUACAACAAAUUCUUGCUUAAAUAACCAUGGAUUUAAUAAUGGUAAUAAUAAUGUAAAUGUAAAUUUUAAUAAUAACACCAACGCUGUUAAUAAUUCACUCUCAUCAGCACCUUAAAUUCCUUCUCUUUCAAGAGGUGCUUCUGAAGCUAAUGCGAACGACAUAAAAAGGUAAUCUGCCAAUCAAAGCUAUACUGCUAAUGUGGAAUCAAAUAUAAGCUUUGCUAAUGAAAGGAGAAAUGUAGGCUAGUCACUAUCAUAAUAAUAGAAUAAUUAAUAAAACAUUAUGGUUAGUUUUGCUAAUGUCAAAUCUUCAGUUACAAAAAAUGCUAUUGCAACUUCCAAUCAAAUGAAUCAAUACAAUUUAUUAAUGUAGUAGCCAUUUAAUUCCUCUAAUAUAAACGACCUCAAUAUAACAUCUAAAUUUGGUAAUCAAGAUCUAACUAAGUUUGAAAACGAAAAAUUGUCUAACACACGUAAUUUAAUUAGCGGAUCAGAUAUACCAAAUCCUAUGAUUGAUGAAUCAGACAAUGAUAUUAAAUCAAAAGAUAUUAAAAAAAUUAGCUCUAUGAGCUGCGGUUUAGAUGAUAUGCAGCCUACAUUAUCUAAUCACCUAUCUUUUACUCCAGGUUCUUAAAAUAUUUUUAACAAUUCUCAAAAUAUAAAUCUUGCUGCUAAAAACUCAUAAUAUCUCAAACAAGCAGAAUUAAACUCCUCUACAAUUUCAAAUAAUGUUGACACAAGAAGCUAAACAACUGGAGGAGGAAAUAUGGGAUCUAAUUAUUCAGCAAAUAAUGUAAACUAAAUUUAAGCUCCUUAAGGAAUAAGAAUAAACGAAGCUCUACUUUCUAGCUAAUAUACAAAUUAAGCAAUUGUUUCUCGUGAACAAUUCGAUUAGAUUGGUAAAGAGAGUAUAUAGAAUUAAUAGUUUGAUAAAACAAUUGAAAGUGAUUUUAUUGCUAAUAAUUAUAUUAAAAGAGAGUUUUCACCAUCUCCACCACUAUCCCAAAAUAACACUUUGGCUAACUCUACAAACAAUCUGAUGUAAAGCAAGAUUCGUCCAUCUCAAAUUACUCCACCAUUACGUUCAGGCUAGAGCAUACAAGUUCCUUGCGAAAAAUGUAUGAUUUGGGACGAGGAAUAAAAAAAUAAUCCUUCCAGAUACAGUGAUAAAACUGAUAAAACACCAACUAGUAGUAUUGGAAAAGAUAUAAUCCCAUUUACUCCUUGUCCAGAAUGUGAUAAAUGUGGUGGAUCAGGAUUUUUGAAAAUAGAAGAUCCGAAUACCUUUAAUGUAAUUCAAACAAUAGUUAGACAUAAAUUAAAAGAAGCAGAAAUAGUUCUAAAAAGUUUAACAGUCAGAUAACAAAAAGUUGAAAAAAUCAUCCCAAAAGAAAGUAUGGACUGGUUAUAAAAGAUUCUUUAAAUAUAAUGUGGUGAGUGUGCUAGCAAUAGACCAUCACAAAAGCCAGAAGAUUAGCCUUUAUUUUCUCCUUUUACGCCAAGCUAAUCAAAUAAGGAUAAAGAUCUUUCCCUUUAGGUGAAUAACAAUACUAAUUUAAUAUAAAAGAACAUGCACUUAAUCCGCUGCUCUGAAUGCCAAACUGAUGUGUCGCAAUUAAAAUUUAUAUACUUUUGCAUUGAUUGUAAAUCAAAAAAUAAUAGAAACUCAGAGGUUUUCAGUAAAAGAUGGCAGGAUGAUAUUGACUUUGAUAAUAUUAUUUGUGAAAAUUGUGAGGACAAUCAUGAUUCGAACCAUCGUGUAGUUUAAUUUUGCAAAGAUGAUAUAAUGAUCAUGCACAGCAACUUGAAUUAGUAAACAUAACAAAAUCAGUAGUCAUUAACAAGUACACCUAUUUAACGAACAAGCUAACUCGACAGGAGCAUAAAAGCCGGAAACUCAACUUAACAAAAUGCUCUUUAAAAUUUGAAUUAUUUGAAUAAUAAUAUGACAAAUCCUUUAUUUUAGAAUAGCCUAAUUAGAAAACCAGAGAGAAACAACUUUACUUAAAGUACAAAUCUUUUUACUUUCCCUUAAUAAAAUAACGUACAACAAAUUUAAAAAGCACUUUAAGGCUAAUUAGAAACUUCAACAUAUAUUGGAUUUUAGCCUUAAAGCAUACAACUAUAAUAGUAAUAGUCUAUAAUAUAAACCUAACUUUCUGCAUAAGCUAGAUAGGAGUUUAGUUAAAGAAACUCAGUAGAUACAGAAUUGCUGCAACAACAAUAAUAGAAUCUCCAUAAAAUGAGAUCAAAAUCGGAUAAUAAAUCAGUUACAACUAUCGUAAAAAAUACUAGUCACGAGGAUCAAUUUGAUUAUUUUAAUGAUAAUUUAGCUAAAGACGACGCAAAUAUUAAUGUAGUUUUACCAAGAUGCUCAACAAAUUAAAAAAUUAUUAAAAAGCCAAUAUCAGGUAACACUAGCCUUAAUGUGCUCUCAUUAAACAACUAGGAAAUAAGUUGUGUAACAGCUAAUUUCAACUAAGAUGAUGAACCUCCAACUUUUUGUGAUUCUUCCAUUUUUAAAGUACCAAAAAAUAUAGCUGAUAGUAAUGGUGCUCCAUCUAGUGCAAAUAUAAUUAGUUCCCCAGUUGUUUCUUAGCAUCCUCUUGUUUCUAAUACAACUCAGUAGUAGACAGACUAAAUUAAUUUCGAAAUAAUACCACCAACUUAAAAAAACGAAAUACAACUAAUAAGCGAGUCUUCAUCAUCUAAAAAAUAAAAAGUAAACAUUUUUGAAAAUAUACAAAAUUAAGAAUCACCAGAAUAGUCAUAAAAUUUGUUAAAUUCUAAAUUGAAUAAUACAAACGAUUUUACUUUGGAAGAGCCUAAAUCAAAUGUAAAUCAAACUUAAAGUGCUUCCAGUAGUAGUAGUAACAUUUCAAAUUCAAUAUGUGUAAAAUCAUAAUACACAUCAGGUAAAUCUUUGACCCAAUCAGUUUAUGGAUUGUCGUCAAGUAGACCUAGUAUAACUCCUUCAGGUUAAAAAUAAGGAGAAGAUUAGAGACAGUAUCGAGCUAAGCUUGUUAAUAGCUAUUGCUCCAGUGAUAUACUGAUAGAUGAUAGUGUAAUUGUUUUCUAAGAAAUUUUAAAUAAUGGUACUGAGAAUUGGCCUGAAAACGUAUACCUUAAAUGCAUAUCUGGUAUAACUGAUAAUUGUCAAUACCCUGUAGUUUAAGUGAAUAAAGGAGAAGUUAUGUCAAUAGCUUUCCCCAUAAAAAUAAAUCAAAAUCAAGCAGCUGAUGGCGAAUAGAUAAAAACAGCAUGGAGACUUUAUCACUAAUAACAAAAUGAAGAAAGGAAAUUUUUUGGUCCUAAAAUCACUAUUGACUUUUAGUACAAAAAGCCUAAAAAGAUAGAAUUAGAAUAAUCAUUAGAGUUUUUAAUUGAAAGCACAGUAGAGACAAUCAAAAAUAUAUUUAACAAGGACAGUAAAUCUGACAUUAAUGAGUUUGUAAAAUAGAAUUAGUAAAUAGCUUAAAGUUUUUUAUAAGACAAUAAAGAAGAUAGAAUGAUUUCGAAAUUAAUAAUAAAGUAUAUUGAAUUAUAUGUAACAUUUAAAAAUAAUAAGAGUGCUUAAGAAAAGCUUCAAGAUUUUUGA